AUGUUAGACGCAUCCCCGACUGUCCCUACCAAGUCCCACUGUACCACCAUCCAGAUGUUAGACGCAUCCCCGACUGUCCCUACCAAGUCCUACUGUACCACCAUCCAGAUGUUAGAUGCAUCCCCGACUGUCCCUACCAAGUCCCACUGUACCACCAUCCAGAUGUUAGACGCAUCCCCGACUGCCCCUACCAAGUCCCACUGUACCACCAUCCAGGUGUUAGACACAUCCCCGACUGUCCCUACCAAGUCCCACUGUACCACCAUCCAGAUGUUAGACGCAUUGCCGACUGUCCCUACCAAGUCCCACUGUACCGCCAUCCAGAUGUUAGACGCAUCCCCGACUGUCCCUACCAAGUCCCACUGUACCACCAUCCAGAUGUUAGACGCAUCCCCGACUGUCCCUACCAAGUCCUACUGUACCACCAUCCAGAUGUUAGACGCAUCCCCGACUGUCCCUACCAAGUCCUACUGUACCACCAUCCAGAUGUUAGAUGCAUCCCCGACUGUCCCUACCAAGUCCCACUGUACCACCAUCCAGAUGUUAGACGCAUCCCCGACUGCCCCUACCAAGUCCCACUGUACCACCAUCCAGAUGUUAGACGCAUCCCCGACUGUCCCUACCAAGUCCCACUGUACCACCAUCCAGGUGUUAGACACAUCCCCGACUGUCCCUACCAAGUCCCACUGUACCGCCAUCCAGAUGUUAGACGCAUUGCCGACUGUCCCUACCAAGUCCCACUGUACCGCCAUCCAGAUGUUAGACGCAUCCCCGACUGUCCCUACCAAGUCCCACUGUACCACCAUCCAGAUGUUAGACACAUCCCCGACUGUCCCUACCAAGUCCCACUGUACCACCAUCCAGAUGUUAGACGCAUCGCCGACUGUCCCUACCAGGUCUUACUGUACCGCCAUCCAGAUGUUAGACGCAUCGCCGACUGUCCCUACCAAGUCCCACUGUACCACCAUCCAGAUGUUAGACGCAUCGCCGACUGUCCCUACCAAGUCCCACUGUACCACCAUCCAGAUGUUAGACGCAUCGCCGACUGUCCCUACCAGGUCUUACUGUACCGCCAUCCAGAUGUUAGAUGCAUCCCGCGGCCAGGAGAAGUUUGUGUCGUCUGGGCGCACAUCUAAGGCGGCCACGACGACAAAAAGUGUUUUCAUGUUCCAAGUUGUUUGUCUGACUGGUGUUUUGCUGCCAUUUGGGCGGACAUGCAGCCCCUGGGUCCAGCAGGGGGCGGUACCUUCCUUCCUGUAGUAACAAUGGCUAAUUGACGUGUCGCACAUUUCCUUUGAUUUGGUCUUUCUAGAAAGCGUUUUUAAGCAGUGGAGUUCCCGCUCUGGCGUCACUUCCUGCAUGGUGACAAAAGUAGUGUUUAGAAGAGGAGGUGCAUGCUGACUCCUGGGAACGUGACUCACCUUUUGUACACGCCGUGUUGCCAAUGUGAUUGUUGUGCCUCCACUAAUGACUUGUUGCUGGAUGUUUGCAAAUAAAGGCUAAGUCACCGA